AUGGCAUCGACAGCUUCUGAGCCGCCGCCCACUGCGGAGUUUCUCGCUGAGUCGAGAGGACCUGUCAUCCGGACUGUCACCUGGCUUGGUGUUAUUAUCCCUUUCAUUUUCGUGGUCCUCAGAAUCUACACGCGGGUGUUUGUUCGCAAGGUCUUUGGUAUGGAUGACUGGGUCAUCGUGUUUGCCAUGAUCCUCCUCCUCGCCUACGGUGCCAUCAUCGAAGCGGCCGUACAGAAAGGUCUUGGUCGACAUCUAGUCUGGAUUAUCACCACCCAUCCUGAAGAUGCUGUCCCCCUCGCGCUUCUGGGCCAAGUAUCGCAGCCUUUCGUCAUCAUGUCGUGUGCCCUUGGCAAGACGUCUUUCUCCAUCAGUCUGAUGCGUCUAGCUGCACAGCGGUUUAUCCACCGAUUCCUCUGGUUCAUCGUCGUCACUAUGCUUACGCUACAUGUUCUCAUCUCAAUCAUUAUCUUUGUGCGUUGCAAGGACCCGAGAACGACGUGGAACCCGGCCAUUGUUAGCCAAUGUUGGCAUCCCGAGACGUACCUGGGAGUUAUGUACUUCAUCGGAUCGUACUCUGCUGCCACUGACUUCAUUCUUGCCCUCCUGCCUUGGGCUAUGCUGUGGAAUCUUAACAUGAAGAAAAAGGAAAAGUUCGGUGUAGCCGUCGCCAUGAGCCUCGGUGUCUUCGCCGGAGCCAUCGCCAUUAUCAAAUGCACCAAACUCAAAGCCAACGCCACAAGUACCGACCCGACCUUCGACGUCGGCGAGCUCCUCUUGACAGCCGGUGCCGAAAACGCCCUCAUCAUCAUGGCUGCGUGCAUCCCUACCCUCCGACCUAUCCUCCGCAAGGUGUUCCCCACAUCAGUCAAGUCGAGCGAGAACUCACACCGUCUCAACAACAUGAACAACAUCAUGUUUGUUCCCAAGCACAAGGCUGGUCAAUGGAGUGCUCUUGUCGAGACGGAGGCUCACCCGGACCAGCAUUCGGAUAAUCAGAGUGACAAGAGUAUUCUCAAGGAACAUCGUGGAGAAAUGGAGGGCCAUGGCAAUGUUAGGUCGUCUGGUGGUCCUUCUGGUCCCCAGCUACCGCCUCACAUCAGAAAGACAAUGUCAGUGAACGUGUCUUAUGAUAGGUCUUAG